AUGUCUUUACGAUCCGGGCUAUUGCACGCUUCGCUUCAUGUAAAAGUCAACAGCAGCAUUGCUAGUAAUCCUUGGACAUGGAUAUGUAUUACGUAUACUAAUAAUAACAAUGAGCACUGUAUUACGGAUUUGAAAAAUUUUGACAAACAGGUUAGGCUUUUGUCCUCAUUCACUAAACUAGCGGGGCUGUUGAUUCCCACCGAUCCCCGUCCUCAACAACCCACAUGCAUUCCAGUCUCAUUGUUACACCGAUCCAACUGUCCAGAAACACGACACAUUCAUCACCNCAACGCGGAAACUCAACGUAUGGCUGUUCUGCGUGGCGAGAAACUCUUAGCCGCUCUGGACGCAUUUUGUGAUGGUCUGAGCACGUUGAUCAAUCGGACGUUUGAGGACACAUUCAUCACCAUCAAACAAAUGCACGCGGCCCGGGUGGAGUACGAUGCGUAUCGAAAAGAGGCGGAAGUGGCCAGAGCCUCCCCGCGGAAAUCCACACGACCCGACUCACCACAGGCACGCAAGAUAGAAGAGAAAAAUUUGAACAAGCUCAAAAGCGCCGUAGACGCCAAAUUGCGACUUUUACACGAAAAUCGGGUAUGUCCCCCCCAUCCCUAUAAAUCCACAAGUUGUCUUAUUCUGGCACAGAUCGCUCAUCGAGCGAAAAGCAUUUGUCCCUAUAGUUACCGCUUGUCGUCAUCGUAG